GGUAUAUUUCCAUCUACAUACAUCCAUUUGAAGCCGUGUCGUAUUGAAAAUGAAGGAACUUUUGAAACAGCUAUACCAUUGGAAGAUAUGGUUGUCCGAGAAGUAUCAUUGGUUUUGCGUGAUUGGAAUUGUAUUUGGAAGUCAUUAUAUGUGGAACGGGAAACAUACAAGUUUAUUACGUUACGAAAAGUAAUGCGAGAGUUACUGGAAUGGAGAAAACAAUUAUUAACUGGAACAUUAACUCAAGAUCAGACAAGAGAAUUGAAGUUAAAAAUAACUGCAAAAAUUGAUUGGGGAAACAGAAAACUGGGACUGGAUUUAGUUCCUAGGUGUGGUGCCGAGAUGGUUGAUCCGGCUACAAUGAGUGCCGUAGAGCUUUACAAAGUCGCGUCCUACUUCAAACGUCCUCUGGGAGUUGCCGUCCUAAACAUCGGUGAAAUGCUGACCUCGAACAGUGGCGGCGGUGACGAGCGGGAGUUCACAUUCCGCGUGUUUCAGGCGGACGAGAAAGACUUCUGUCAGUUACACGAUACGCUGAUCCGGAAACAGAACAGCAAGUACAGCCCGCUGUCCAGCCACCCUAAYUACGGUAUCGUCAUAUCGCUGCGGAUGCUUGACGGCGACCUGCGACAGGUGCGCGAGGAGAACCCGCUGGCGUUCAAAAAUGUAUCGACCACGAAGAAGAUGGGUUUUCCGGACGUGAUAAUGCCGGGGCACGUGAGGAAUGACCUGUACCUGACCCUGGAGAGAGGCGAGUUCGAGAAGGGUGGCAAGUCGACCGGCAAGAACAUUGAAGUAUCCAUUGUCGUCCUCGACUACGAGGGCAACGUGGUCCCGGACUGCAUAUGGGGCGCGUCGGGAACGGACUCGUCCGCCGAAUACCGUUCGAUGAUCAUCUACCACCAUAAUGCCCCGUGCUGGAUGGAGACCAUCCGGCUGGCCGUACCCAUCGAGAAGUACAAUAUCGCGCACAUACGUUUCGAGUACAGGCACUGUUCUACUCGUGACAAAGCGGAUAAUAAGAAACUUUUUGGCAUAUCAUUUGCUCGGCUGAUGGAACCCGAAGAGGCUACCCUACAAGACGGCGUACACGAAUUGUUUGUCUACCGCUGCGACGAGCGCACGAAACCUCAUCCGGUCGAUUACUUGGGUCURGCUGCCAGCGUACACGAAUCGUCUACUUGGACCAGUUCACCAGAACCGGGUUCUGUGUUCUCGUGCAGCCAUAAAGAGAUAAUGACGAUUCGCACGAUGUUGUGUUCGACAAAAUUGACUCAAAACGUUGACUUGUUGUCAUUGUUGCAAUGGAAAGAACAUCCUCAUCGGAUUCAAGAAGCCCUUACGCGAGCUUUACGUCUGGAUGGAGAAGAACUUGUAAAGUUCUUACAAGACAUAUUAGACGCUCUCUUCUCAAUGUUUUCCACUGACGAUGGUAAUUCAACCAUCCACUCAGGACUUGUAUUUCACGUUCUAGUCAGCAUUUUUAGUUUACUCUAUGACAGCAAAUUUGAACACUUUAAGCCAGUAAUGAACGCUUACAUCAAAGAACAUUUUGCUGCGGCUUUAGUAUACAAAGGAUUAUUAAGCAGUGUCCAACAUUGUGCUGAACUGGUUAUGUCAACAGACCGCCAAGAGCCGAUACAAAAAUGUUUUCGCUCAUUAGAAUAUAUUUUCAAAUUCGUUAUUCAGUCUCGUCUAUUAUUUUCUCGUGCAACUGGUGGCCAGUUUGAAGAUAGUUUUCGUUAUGAUGUACAUCGUGUAUUUGCUUCAUUGGACAAAAUGUUAUGUUCAUCUUUUGAAAUGAUUUUACCUACUCAGAUUGCAUUAUUACAAAGUGCAAGUGCUGUAUUUGAUCAAUUAGUUCAAGUAUUACCAGUCAUCGAGGUAGCUAAACUUGGAGUUUCCAUGUUAGAUUGCUUGCCAUCUCGAGAUCUACCUACACCAUUGACYCAAGCUAAAUUAGGCGCUAUUAAAGAUUUGAUAGCUGGAAAGGUGUUCAAAGAUGAUGAAGCAAGAAAUUUAUUGUUGAUUACAAUAUGUAAACAUCUAAGACAUCAUAUUAGUGCCAGAGAAGAAAUUCAACUUUGUACAGAUAUCCUGGGAGAAAUUUUAACAUUUCUAUUCCACUUAAAUCGGUCUAAUGACAGUAGCAAGGUCAACAUAUGUUUUCGACGCGAUUUAGAAAUAUUGAGUCUUAGUACAUUAGAUAUGUUAAUUGAAACAUGUCUUAUUGUAAUUGAUAGAAUGGUUUCUGUAUUGGCUAACAUGGUUGCAUGYUUAGUUUCUUUAUUACAACUGCUUGAUGACUAUCAUUACAAACGACUUUGGGAAGAAUUGGGUGAUCGUAAACCAUUAAAAGAUUUCCUAUUAAGAGCAUUUUUAUUGUUUAGACAUUUAAUCAAACAUGAUGUAUUUCCAACUGAUUGGAUGGUUAUAAAAAUGACUACUAACAAUGUAAUUUUAGCAGCUCUACAACAAUUAGCCAAGCCACUAGUAUUUUGUUUUUUAGAGACCUGGCCCCAUUUUGAUUACCAAGUGUGGUCCACUUAUUUUAAAUUAGCUGUAGCAUUUCUUACUCAACCAGCUCUUCAGUUAGAAACAUUCACCAUUGUAAAACGAACAAAGAUUAUUGAGAAAUAUGGUGAUAUGAGAGUACUGAUGGGAUAUCAAAUACUGUCUGUAUGGUCUAAACUUGGCGACCACAAGAUAAAUUUCAUACCAUCCAUGGUGGGACCAUUUCUAAAAGUGACUUUGGUACCAGAAGCUGAAUUGCGUAAGGCAACACUUCACAUAUUUUUUGAUAUGAUGGAAUGUGAACAACGAGCUCGAGGAAAUUUCAAAGAAGUCGAAUCAGAACUGAUUGACAAAUUAGAUUAUUUGAUUAGUGAAAACAAAGGUGACGAUGAGUACAGACAACUUUUUAAUACUAUUCUAUUAGAAAGAGUACAUCAAGAAGAACAGGAUGGUAGUUGGCAAGAAACGGGUUCAGUGUUCAUUCAUUCUGUUACACGUUUAUUAGAAAGACUAUUAGAUUAUAGGAGUGUAAUGCGUGGUGAUGAUAAUCGUGACAAACGUAUGUCCUGUACAGUGAACUUGUUGAAUUUCUACAAAAACGAAUUUGAUAGAAAAGAAAUGUACCUAAGAUAUAUUUACAAACUUCAUGAUUUGCACGUUUCUGCUGAUAAUUUUACUGAGGCUGGUUUUACACUUAAACUUUACGCUGAUCAACUGACUUGGUCAGAUGGGCCAGUAUUACAAGGUGAUCCAGCAACUUCAAUUUGUCAAUGGCAAAGAAAAGAACAGCUAUAUCAUGAAAUCAUACAAUACUUUGAUAAAGGAAAAUGUUGGGAAAAAGGAUUACCUUUAUUAAAAGAGUUAUCAGAUUUCUAUGAAAAACGAUUAUUUGAUUAUACUAGAUUAAGUGCAGUAUUGAAAACACAAGCCAAAUUCUGUGACAAUAUUCUUACUCAAUUGCGACCUGAACCAGAAUAUUUUAAAGUUGGAUUUUAUGGACAAGGGUUUCCUCUUUUUGUUCGGAACAAAGUCUUUGUUUAUCGAGGUUUAGAAUAUGAACGCAUGGAAGCUUUUACUCAACGAUURCAAACUGAAUUUCCAACUGCCCAACUUUUAACAAAAAAUAGUCCUCCAUCGCAGACAAUUUUACAGUCUGAUGCUCAAUAUAUCCAGAUUUGCAAUGUAAAACCAUUUCCAGAUAUUGGUCCGCCUUCUUCCGACAAACCUUUAGCUAUGAUUCCUGAAAAAGUUGCACGUUUUUAUGAAGUUAAUGAUGUAUGUACUUUUCAAUUGGACAGACCUAUGCACAAAGGUCUGGUAGAUCGAGAUAAUGAAUUCAAAAGUCUUUGGCUGGAACGUACUAUUYUGAUUACCAGUGAACGUCUGCCUGGUAUACUAAGAUGGUUUGAAGUUAUAAGUACAACAACCGAGGAAGUGCCACCAAUUAAAUUUGCUUGYGAAACUAUAGAUUCUGUUAACAAAAACUUAAAACUCAUAAUUAAUCAAUACACAAACGAACCUAAAAGAAACAUUAAUCCAUUAAGUAUGAGACUUCAAGGAACAAUUGAUGCAAAUGUUAUGGGUGGCAUAUCUAAAUACCAGUCAGCAUUCUUUUCUCAAGACUUUGUUCAAAAUAAUCCUCAAUAUUAUUCACACGUUUUACAUUUAAGCUCAUCCAUAAAUCAUCAAAUUGAAAUAGUAGAAAAUGGGCUGUUAAUUCAUGGUCAAUUGGCACCGCCUGAAGUACAGCCUCUUCAUCAUCGUUUAGUGGAGCGGAUGAUACAACUGAAACAGAACUUGAGAGCCCCACCUCCACCAGAAAGCAUAAUUAAUACUCCAUUACCACCAAUACCAUGUAUUCCAAUUGAUAAUAAUUUCCCAUUCCGUUCUACUGAAGAGUAUACUAAUACCGUAACUUACUUUGAUGAACGACGUGAUGAAUACGAAGAUAUAUAUAGCAAAACAUUUGAUCUACCAGAUGCAUGUGCUCCAGUAGUUCCACAUCGAGAAAAUCGAAUUAAAUCUGAAGGAUCCUUACCAAACAAUAAAAUGAAAACUGAUCCAAAAUCGAAUACUUCUUGGAAACCAGGAAGUCCCAAUUUACAAAGGCACUCUAUAGACAGCAGUGUGAGAAAUUCAUGGCCACUAGAAGAUAGUUCUCCACCACCAUUACCUCCAAGAGCCCCAGAAAGAAGAAUCAGUGAUGCACCUCCAYUACCAAGAAGAUUACCUUUGCGCCAUGAUUCUGAAAUUACUGAUUUAGAUACUCCAGUGUUGCGUGAUUCAGGCUACUCAGAAUCUUUACAUUCAGCAUCAUAUGAAGAAUUUGUGUUACCUACAAUCGAUAAGCAUAAAACCCCACCUCCAUUACCGCCCAAAAAUACACAAUCUCAACUUAAUUCUGAGCCAAAUGAACUCCCGAUUUUGGAAAAUUACUCUGUGCCUGGAACAAUGAGACGCUUAGAAUCCAGCCCCUAGUCAAAUACAAGACUCUUAUUUUAGAACUGGUGCCAUUAUAUGCAUAACUGUAACUAUUAGUUAAUAUGAAUUAAGUUAUUCUUAAAUUAUUUUUAUACUGCAUUAUUGCAUUAAUGAGUGUGUUUGUGAUUUUUAAUUUUAUCAUAGUAUGUAUUUUAUAAGUUCUUUUUGUGACUAAAGUUAAAAAUUAGACUGUAAUUUGAUCAGUGUUAUGAUGCGUGUGUAUGAGCAUUAAGUAAUGAGCAAUGAGCAUUACUAUUUAUUCCUAUCAAUCCUGUCCGAUUAGCCAUUUUCAUUUUUCAUAUACCUAACAAUUACAUAUUUUAUUCUAUAUGGUAUUUAGUAUUUACUGGAUGACCAU